UAACACUUUUCUCUUUCCCUUCCCCACUUUACUACUAUUUUACUGCCUUCUAUUAUUUUAUUUUUGUACACAACCGCUGCCAAAGCCAAAACGCACCACUAUUUCAAAAAACCAAAAAUAUAAUAAGCAAAGGAACAAAUCAUGGCACCAUUCGGUACCAGCGCUGGCAGCAACAAUGCUAACACGCGCAGUGCAGUAGCACCUACAGCUCCUCAACCAAUCCCUAUUUCUACUGCUCGGCAGCAGCCCCCCUCGCAGUCGAAUCGCCGCAGCUCGUUCGGUGGCUGGACCCAGUCGCUAUUUGGAAUGUCUCCGCCCGAAGGCAGCCGCAUCCAAACGGACCCCGAAAGAAACGGGCUCUCGCCAUCUGCAGGCUAUUCAGCGGCCAGUGCAAAUUCGCUUCCUGACACUACAGCCUCGUCUGCCUUUUCUGGAAUCGGGCUCUUCCGUCGCUUUUCAACUGCAUCCACUGCUGCCGCCCCCACCGCUACGCCCACAGCUCCAUCGCACACGCAGAAAGUACAAGAUCACCCGUCUCCCGAAUACAAGUGGACUGCAGCUAACAGCGCUACUCUCAAGCCAGGCGAGUCAGCUGGUGUCCAGCAGGGCCUGCGCACUGCUAAGGAUCCUGCGCUUUCGAGCAACCAACAGCCUCAACUCCAGCCCAAGUUCCUUGAAGAAAUUCGCACAAACGAGGAUCCUCCCAGCCGUCCUGACUCGCGCAUGAGGAACCUCAUGUUGUCGGGGCAGUUUCUGAUCUGAUAAUCACACAGAUAUGUAGAUGCGGACAAAGGCAAGGCGUCUGAAUUUCAGAAGCCCAAAAAUACAAACCAAACCAAACCAAACCAAAACGCGUAUAGCACUGCAUGCGCUUGCCUCCAACAUAUCAUGUAUUUCUAUAUGUAUUUUUAAACAAAUGUACUUAUCAUUACUACACCAGAUUGCAAUUAAAAAUCAAAUAAACGACCAUAAUUACUUGGAGUAUCAAAGUGCGCAACAGAAUGUAAAAAGUUUUAUUUACAAAUGUUGAGCGAGAAAAGCUAGUAAGUAAAGCAUUAGUCUACAAAGGUUGACUUUGUCGCUGCAGGGC